AAAGAAAAGCACAGGGUUUAUCCUUUCCUAGCUUUGUCAGACAAGCUGCAGCUAAGCAUCCAAAACUCUCUUUCAUACCCUUAAACAACAGGACUCUUGUGAAAAAAGAAAGGAACAUCAUGGACUGCUAUGGAAAGUAUGCUGUUGUCAUUUGUGCCAUGUUAGCUAUAUCUCUGAAUAUUUUUCAGUCAUUGCCAGAGGAAGAGUUUAUGGUACAGGAUUGUACUGAGUGUAAACUAAUCUUGAACACUCGCAUGACCAGAUUGUUCAGCGGCAGGCCUGUGUACCAAUGUGCAGGAUGUUGUUUCUCAAGAGCUUAUCCAACUCCCAUGAGGUCCAAGAAGUCCAUGCCCGUGCCAAAGAACAUCACUUCAGAAGCGAAAUGCUGUGUGGCAAGAGCCUUCAGAGAGGUUUUCAUUCCAAAUGAUGGAACUAGGAAGAUUGAGAAUCACACUGACUGUCAUUGCAGCACCUGUUACUAUCAUAAAUCUUAAUUCCUCUACAACUGGACAACAUAUUCCUCUGCAGCUGGACAACAGAUAGCUCAGAAUGAAGUUUUAUCAUAUCAUAUAUUUUUGUUUUCCUUAGAUUUGUAGUGAAAUCAUGUAUAUUCUUAGGUUUUGUGAUAUGAAUGAUCCUUCUGAUCAGCAUGUUAUGAAUACCCUGCUGUUCGUUCUCUAUGUGUUUUGCCACACAUUUGGAUAAACAGAAAAAUAUACCUUUCUUCUGGGAAUCAAAUAUAGAGUUAUGCAUGAUAACCAAAGCCUUGUUUAUUUUGUAUGUCAGGUAUACAUUGAUAUAGGAUUAUGGUUUUCCAAGAGAAAAGACACAAAUAGAGUCAGUGGAUAUAAUUUUUCAUCCCAAAAUUAAUUUCUAUGUUUCAUGCAUUUAUUCUUUUUCCCCCCUCUGUAAGACUUCAAUGACACAGUUUUAGUGGUGCUAGACAUGGAAAAUGUUCUCUGAUGCAAGGAAACUUGAAUUUAAUUAAAAGGAAACUUGCAUCAAUUCUUUUCAAGUUGGUUUUAGAAUUAAUUUCUCUUAGUGUUGGACUGGAUAUCCUUUUUAAAAAAUAUUGUCAUUGUAUUGAGCUGGCUGGCAUGCAAGGAGUCUACAUAGCAGUAUACUGAAUCAAUACAUAAACACACACACAAAUGCUACUAUAAAAUCUCCAUUCCACAAUAAAGCAAUUACAUUCUAUAGAAGAUCUGAAUGGAUUGGAGAAUCAGAUUUCACCACCAUCACCACAAGCAGCAAAUAUCCAUAUCAUAUUUCUAUGUGUUACAAUAUUGGGUUAUUAAAGGCACUGUCUCUGAGAUUGAUCUUUUGUGGAGAGUACCAGAGACUUCUAAGGUGUCAACAUCUCAGGCUAUGAUGACAUCUGCAGAGUAUUAUCACCUGAAUGAAAGCAAAUAUACGUUUCCCAGGAUAAUGUUGAAGGAUCGAAUCUCGGUCUAGAGCAGGGGUCUCCAAACUUGGCAACUU